CCUAAAUCUUGAAAACCCUAAAACUCUGGGCGGCGACAGAAAGAAGGGCGGAGCGAUGUCGAAGCGCGCUAGAGGUGCUGCCUCGGGCAACAAGUUCCGGAUGUCGCUGGGAUUGCCCGUGGGCGCGGUGGUGAAUUGCGCCGACAACACGGGGGCCAAGAAUCUCUACAUCAUCUCCGUCAAGGGCGUCAAGGGGAGGCUCAAUCGGCUCCCGGCGGCGGCGAUCGGCGACAUGGUGAUGGCCACUGUGAAGAAGGGCAAGCCGGAUCUCCGGAAGAAGGUCAUGCCCGCGGUGAUCGUCCGCCAGAGGAAGCCGUAUCGCAGGAAAGAUGGAGUUUUCAUGUACUUCGAAGACAAUGCGGGCGUGAUCGUAAAUCCCAAGGGCGAGAUGAAAGGAUCUGCCAUCACUGGCCCAAUCGGCAAGGAAUGCGCGGAUUUGUGGCCUCGAAUCGCCAGCGCUGCCAAUGCCAUCGUUUGAUUCAAAGCCUGGAGACUGUCAAUCGAGAUUUUGUGUUCUAGUUCUAGUUCUCUUCUGAUUUUAGGGUUCUUGGGGAAUGGGCUAGAUCUAGGGUUCGUGGGCAAUGAAAGAUCUUCAUUCCUCGCGGCCCCUCUUUUCUUUCGGAGUGAUCACUGAUGUCCAGUACGCGGACGUUCCCGACGGGCGUUCCUUCCAUGGCGUGCCGCGAUUCUACCGCGGCAGCCUCGCCGCGCUCAACGAGGCAAUCGCGAUCUGGAACGAUCAGGGCAGCGAUCUCUCCUUCGUCAUCCAGCUCGGGGAUCUCAUCGACGGGCGCUGCCCCCGCGAUCAAGCUCCCGCGGCAGCGCGCGAGAUCGUGGCAGCAUUCGAUCGAUUCCGGCACGGCCACGUCUACCACACCAUCGGCAAUCACUGCCUCUACAAUCUCUCGCGCGGCCAGCUCCAGGAAAUCCUCCGCAUUGAUGGAUCCUUCUACUACGAUUUCGUCCCCCACCCGGGAUUUCGAUUCAUCGUCCUGGAUAGCUACGAUGUGAGCGUGCUGGGCGGAUCAUCGAGGGAUCACUCCUCGCUGGCUAUGGCGCUACUGGAUGCCAAGAACCCUAAUGUGGACAAGAACAGCCCCCUGGGAAUGGCGCCCGAGCAGCAGCGAUUCGUGGCUUUCAACGGCGGCAUUGGCGAUGCCCAGCUCCAGUGGCUCGAUCGGAAGCUCCGCGAGGCCGAGGAUCGCAACGAGCGAGUGAUCAUCGCCUGCCACAUCCCAAUUCUCCGCGAAUCCACCUACGACGACACGCUGCUGUGGAAUGCCGAGGAGGUAUUGCGCGUGAUCCAUCGCUACGAUCGCUGCGUGGUGGCGAGCUUGGCUGGGCACAAGCACGAUGGGGGCGAGGGAGUGGACGAGAAAGGGAUUCAUCACCGCGUCCUCGAGGCCGUGCUCGAGUGCCCGCCCGGGGAGAAUUCGUUUGGCCGCGUGGAUGUGUACGAGGAUCGAUUGGAGCUGCUGGGCACUGGUAGAAUGCGAUCGGCCACUGUGUUCUUCCGGUGAUCUCGCCGGAGUUCACGGAAUAAUCGUCAAAUCAAAGUAAUUUGAUAUCAUUCAUUCCUGAGACUCA